CAACUUUUCACGAUAAUCGGCCAAAGAAGUAUUUUUUACUUUAAUUAUUUCAACAUACAUAUUUUAAUUUAAUGUCUGCAACAGAAAAUAUAGGAUUUUCAAAUUUACUUGAUAAGGCGCUUUUAAAAAUUGAGGAAGAAUUUGAAUCAUCAAAUAAAACUUGUCCAAAUAAGUUUUUCAGCUCGCAAAAUUUAUUAGAAUUAACAGCAGUCUUUGGAGAAAAUCUUUUAGAGAGUGCUUUUCAUAUACUGGAUACAAGAACCAUAACUCUUUACCAAUUACCCAAUAUUUUAAAAACUUCAAAAGCAGCAGAACUUUGUGAAAUUCAAGGAAAUCAAAAGAGUGUGACUUAUCUUCUAUUCCCAGAAAUAAAUUUUUGCCGUUGUCCAGCAUUUGAAUAUCAAGUGUUAGCAGAUAAUAGAUCAAGUUUCACUUGUAAGCAUGUACUUGCUUUAAAAUUAGCAAAAAUCUUGGGAAAAUAUAGGGUAAUCACCUUAAACAAAGAACAAUUUAAUUACAUGUUAUUACAAGUUAAAGAUUAUUAGAAGAAGUGGUUGAUGCAACAUUCCAAAAUUUUAUAUAGGAAAGGAUUGUUGAAGGAUUUAAAAAUGUUGACGCAGUCUCAAAUUUCACAAUUAGAAUUUGUUGGAAAAUUGGAUAGUAUCAGAGGCUUGUUUACAGCUUUAAAAUCAAUUAAUUUUACUGAGGAUGCUUUAUUUCAAUUUACAAGAGAAGGUUUGCGUGUUAUUGUUGAAAAUUCAAAUUUAAUUCAAGCUAAUGUUUAUAUUACUAAAGAGUGUUUUUCACAAUAUUUACUACCAACAAAUACUGUUAUUCGAUUAAAAAUUAAUUUAAAUAUUAUAACAGAAUGUCUAAGCAUUUUCUCGACAGUAGAUUGUAGUAUGAAAAUGGUGUACAAAGGUGAAGCAACACCAAUGAUAUUAGUUUUCGAACAUCACGGGGAUGAGGAUUGGUUAACAGAAUGUUCUAUCAAAACAAAAACAUAUGAAGAGCCGAUUGGGUAUGCUUUAAAUGAGGAUAGUUCAACAUAUAAUUGUAUAUUAUUAAGGGGACCAGAUUUUGCGAGUUUUAUAAAUGAUAUUGAUAAAAGUGCAGAAAAGUUACAGAUAUUUAUAUCUGACAAAGAACCUCAUUUCAAAAUUGAGACAUUUGGUGUAAUGCAAUCUGAAUCAUGUUUUGAGAUUGCUCGUAAUAGUGACAUCAUAUUACAAUUUUUAUGUAAAAAAUCAAUCGAUAACUGUUAUAAGUAUUCUCAUAUAAAGAUGUUUAUGAAAUCUUUGUUAGCAUCUGGUCAGGUCGCAUUAAAAACUGACGAUACUGGUAUGUUAGAAAUGCAGUUUAUGAUACAACAAGAUGAAAUUGCUCAAAUUUAUAUACAGUUUUUCAUUCCGCCCUUAGCAGAUAUUGAUAAUUAGAAAUUAGAUAUCUGUACAAAUAAAGUCCAAAAAAUGUUUCUUCAUAAAAAUUUUAAAGAAGGAUGUUUUUAUAAUGCAACAUGUUUUCGAAAUUAGAACUUAAAUAGUUUAGACAAUAGAAAGACGCAGCUGCGAUAUUUUAUUAUUUCCAGUUAACUGAAAUAUAAAUUUAAAUAUUUUAUUAAAGUAAUAACAAAAUUUAAAAGAAAAUUGUUCUAAUAAAUCAUUUAAAUCAGAUAUUGAUUUUAACUACAAAACAAACUGUAAAAUAAAAACUGAAAGUAUUGCGUGUAUGUGUAUCUUAAUAAUCUUGGCAUUGUAGUUAUGAAAUAAGUUGAAAAAAUAAGCCGCGUUAUCAAACACAUUAUUUUAACAGCACGUGCAAUACUUUAUUGUGAAACAGGACACAUUAGAAACUAAGUUAGAACUGAAAUAUUAAAAACGCAGGAAAUAUUUACUAUCUUCAACAUUCAAAAGGUCUUAAUAUUAAAUUGUAUCUUCACGUAGUUCAAACAAAUACCUGUCCUAAUGAGCCAAACAAAAAUUCGUAGUAUAUAAGGCAAACACCUUGCGACACAAAGCAAAUGUAAAUUUUACAGAGCAAUUACUUCUCCAUUGAAUAAAAUGAUGUAUGUAUAUGUAAUUAUGUACACAUACAUAAAUCACUUUAUUUUUUGGAGUGUCUGGAGGGUUGUCAUUGACUUCCCAAUUGCAAUAAUAGAUGGUGUUCGGUUUUUCGAAAACUAAAACCUGCACUGAAAGUUUUGAUUAAAUCUUAAGCUUUAAAUAUUUUCAUACGUACAUGCUUAUAAAUCCGCAGAAACUGCACUUCUAAUUCAUAUUUUUAUAGUAGUUAUAAAAAACUUAAAAUUACUUUAGAAUUCUUAUCACGUUAUUUUGCAGUUUAUAUUAAUCGAAAAAAUUCAUUGUUACACAAUUUAAAAAUUACAAUCACAAGACUCAAUAAUAUUUUGUAUUCCGUAGCACUGCCUUUUCGAACUCAGAGUAUGUUCCGAACAUCUAGAAUUUUAUACAUAUACAUAAUAAAAAUAAUAAUUUUGAAUUUUUAUUUAUAUAGUGAAAUUCCGUAAGUACGUCUGCUUCAGCACUUUUAUUUUAUUAAAAGUCUAACCAUCAAAAAUCGAAUAGUGGCAAAAGGUGGAAACUUUUAUACUCCUGGAAUUGUCAAAGGAGUUGGAUUUGAAAAUUUUUUGGGAACUUUUGACUCGAAGCAAUUUUAAUAUGGCCUUAUCAGCAUGCAACAUAUGUAUUUCGAAAUACAUACAUUUUUAAUGUAUUUAACGUAUUAAGUCGCAUCGGUUUACAAUACUUAUUUCAUUAAGUAUUUGAGUAGGAUAUUUGAAACUAAUUGUGCUUCAUUAAAUGGUUUACAAAAAUGAUAAAAAAAAAGAAAAUUGAGUUUGUACAAGAAAUUAUUCAAUGUAAAAAGAUUUACGCAUAUCUAUUUAUAUUAUUUUAAUGGAAUAAAAGAAUUAUUUUGUUAAGUUAAUAAUUUUUUUUAUAAAUAUAAUUCAUUUUUUCUUUUUUAAUUAUUUUCAUAAUUAUCUAUAUUUAAGUUGUAUAAUAUUAAUAACUAAUUGUUAGUAAUAAUAAUAAUCAGAGUGUGUAUACAGCUGAAGAAGCAUAAAAUAUAUUUUUUACCUUUUAAUCUUAAUAAUUUAAUUCAGAAAAAUCUUUAAUUAAACUAAUUUUUAUUUUCCUUAAAGAUUUCAAUAAAAAUUAACUGAAAGAAUAUAUUAUGGUUGCAAAAUUUUUUAAUACUAAAUUUUUAUAUUUUUGGAACAAUUUUUGUUACUUUAAAUAGCUAUAAUAUUUUAUAAAUCAUUCUUUUAAUUUUUGUGUUCAAACUUAAAAUAUAUUGAAUGUUCUUUGACUACUUUGCUUCAUUUUGCCUAUUAAAUGUAGUCUAUAAAUUUUCUCUUCGAAGUUUUUUAUUUAAAAUUUAAAACAUUAUUUAUAAUGGAUUACUUCUGUGUGAAUUUUUUAAGCAUUUUGUUCACCCAUAUUCGCUUAGAUGCAUCAGUUGAAGUGAUGGGGUGUUAUCAUAAGAGAAUGUAGGUGCAUUUUUAUAAUAUAACUUUAAUGUGAGAGUUCUUAAAUUUAAACUAACAUUAGAAAAAAAUUAACAAAACAUAAUUGAAAAUAGUCUAAAAAAACUGUUACAAGGCAGGAUCAUAAAACGUUUUAUAUAAAUUAUUUUUAUGAAUAAAAAAAGUUCAAAAACUUUCUUAAAAUCAAAUAACUGACAUAAAUAUAAAAAAACAGACAUUUCAAGUAUAAAUUACUUUUUUUCAUUCUGUUUCCUAAGAAUUUUAAUUAAUUCAUUUAAUUUUUUGUAUUUUUUUAGCUAUUUUUUUUAUAUGUAUUCCCUAUUUAAAUUUAUAUAUAUGUAUGUAUAUGUGUAUUUUUUUACAAAUUAUUACUAAGCCUGUAUUUAAAAAUGGCUUUUUUUUUAAUGAUUAUUUUAUUAUAUUUUAUGUCCUUAUAUAUUAUUUUCUUUACUUACUUUAAAUGUAAAUUUAUGGAUUUUAAUGAAAAAAUAAAAUUUAUUAUUUCUCUUUUGAAUGUAAUUUAAAAUUAGUGAAUGUAAUUAAUAUUAGUUUUUGUAAUUUUUUUCCUUUGUUUUUUAAAGUGACAAACCAAUAUAACAAUUGUAAAUUAAUUAAUAUUUGUAUAGAAGCGGUUCUAUAACUAUAGAGUUAUUAAAUAAAAACAAAAACAAUUAUUGAUAAUCAUU